AUGGAUGAAACCCCACCGAAACCAUCUAAUGUGUCGCCGACUCCCUACGGUAUAUUCUCUGGAAACCAUCACCCUCUUAGACCAGUCCAUCAUAUCGCUGCUCAAGAGUCCCUCCAUGACAUCGAACUAUUUCGGUUUACUUCUCUCAACAGCACAUCUCAAACUCCUACCGCGUCUCGUCUCAGAGAAAACCCCAAAACCAUGCUGACUAUUGAUAAAAAACCAAAGGAGUCUGGAGUCAUUUACAUUCUUCACGAGCAUGACGGAAGGCAAUAUUGGUCAACACCCCUUCACAGGGAGGUAGUUCACCCAGACCGCCCAGAUCUUCAGGUGGCCUACUUGAAUCCAUUCGCAACCGAUAUUCUGAAUGGUGUAAAUCUCCAUCCCAACAACUACUUCCCUGGUGACGCUGUGUACGUUACCGAGGUGGCGCCUAAGCCGAACGCACUCAACAUGCUAACAACAUUCGAAGGUGUGCACGACCCAAAGAAUCAUGGGUAUUGGUCGAUCACAAGAUUCUACCUGAUUCAACGAGAAUUUAUUGAGACUUUAUCGAUUCGAACUACUCCAACACGACAGGGUACAACAUUCUGUUUUGCUGCCGGAUUUGACCUACCUAUUUGGGUGAACAGUAAGAAAUACAAAGAAAGUGAAAUCACCGAGCCAAAGGGUUCUAAGAAGAAAGCGGUGCUCUUCAUGCCAAUGCUACAACCCGGUCAGUCUAUUUUUGGAGGAGAGAAAUGCUUAGCGCUGGAAUCUUCUAGAAUACCACCUAGUGUUGUGAAGUUUAAGGACUCGUCGCCUGAAGAAGCAUCCACCUAUCCUACAGGAUCCUCAGAAUUCUUCCAUUCCAUCCUAACCAGUGGGUAUCUUGCAUUCUGCGCAAUUCUAGCAACUCAAAACAGGAACGGAGACUUCAAGGUGUUUGCCACGACAGUCUUAUCGCAAGAGGGUGGAAUUCUGAUGUUUGACAUACGGGGACCUAGUGGACCUUUACUUCCCACGAGAUGGCCAAUCGGAACAAAUCUUAUUAUGGAGACUUCAGCGAACGAAUCAUAUGAGCUACAAAUCGUCAAGUCGGAAACUAUAGAGAUGAAGCUGCGGGUAAAUGCUAGCCUUGUUGAAACUAACGGGGAAACCCCUAAUCUCACAGGAAGCCAUGUGCUUGUUCAGCAACAACCGGUGGACAAUAUAUACGAAUUCAACUUAGAAAUGUUCCCGGCACCAGACGCUUUUGACAGAAUACCUGCUCAUGCGCCAAUCAAGCAACUUCUAGAAGCCAUAUUUGGAUUCGGAGAAGCUAUCCCAGACCAGCUGAUUCCACGAGACCCAGUGGAAGUGCUCAUUGAGGGAAUCUACCCGACUUGUGAGCAAAUGAACUAUAUCAAUGCGUUGGUAAAGACCAAUAUUCCAGUAUUGCUAGUGGAUGCACCACUCGGGACUGGCAAGACAUUGAUGGUUUGUAUGGCUCUUCAUGUGAUGGUGAAGGAGAAUCGAGGAGGAAUUCAUGUAGCGAUGACUACAUCCGGUGAGGCACUGGUAGCCAUGGUGUCAAUGCAUAUGAAGAUUGCGAAGAACACAAAGAUUUAUGGAGUUCGAGUGGUGUCUGAUGUCAACUAUAGGAAAAUGGAUCAGAAAUUAAAGACCCCAAUCGACUUUCCUGUGCUGUGGCCUCAAAAGCUGCUGGAAUAUGUCAAGUUUAAAAUAGACCAAGCUAUUGAUGAACUUACUAAAUCAGCAAUCUACUAUUUAGCGGAAGGAAAAUAUCUGCAAGGUUUGAAAUGCCGGCCUCCAAAGCCUUCACUAACCCUUUGGGAGACAUUUCUUCAAAUCUAUCAACCCCGAAUUCUCGUCAGCACCGCUUCAGACUUGAUAUCUGCUCUCCAAGGUCCCCUACUCCAUUUUGGAGGAUCCAUAGAGACUAUCCAAGUCGAUAACGCCAACCAGUUCCCAAUACAUGCCCUAUUGGCUAUAGGCCCCUAUUGCCCUAAUGCCAGAUAUGUCUUUGUUGGAGAUAGUUGUCAGUUGGAAGCCUAUCCCGAGAUGGAGAUACGAGAUGAAAUAAAGGGUUUCGCGAUUGGUCAGAUUUUGAAAUCCGCCAAAGUUCGAAGUCUUAGUCUAUCGGUUAUCCAUCGCUGCCCUGCUAAGCUUGCCAAGUUGUGUUUGAAUUAUUUUUACCCUCAUUUGGAUUCUACCACUUUCGCCAAAAGACAAGAAGAUAAUCAAUUCUCAAGAGCUAUAGGAGUUUCCAAUGAUUCUCCCAUCCAAGUGGUUCAUGUAAAUGGUUCUGAAGCAAAGGAGGCGGAGCUUACAAUAAGCAUGAUCCAGAAUCUCUUAUUGUCCUUCCCACAGAUUUCAAUCGGAGUUUUAGCCUACCAGAAGACCCAACAGAAUCUUUUUACAAGAAUCAAUUGUAGAUCAAAUGUUCAUAUCAGCACCAUCGAGUCUUCUCAGGGAAUGGAGUUUGAUGUCGUGUUCGUCUUGACUUCUGGAGCCACCAACGAUACAAAAAAGGAUGAUUCCCCCCGCCGUAUCAAUGUGGCCGUGAGCCGAACCAAAGGACUGUGCGUUCUUCUUAUCCAGAAGGAUCUUAUUGAAACCUCAAUGUUUUGGAAGGGACUUCUUAGCCAUGUUAGUAAGAAUGCGUUUCACAAUGAGAGUAGAAGUCAUUGCUAUUAG